CCUUGUGUAGCGGGGAAUUUUGAAUAUUUACAUAGUGCAGGCCUAAGAGGCUCCUCUUGUAGCAAAACAAGGGGGAGAGAAGUAUGCGAUAGAUUUAUCCAUAGCGGCUGGUACAAGGUUUUGCAUGAAGAUGACAAAAGACCAAGAAAACUGUUUAGUGGGCUUGUAGGAUUAAAUCGUUGUGGAACAACAUACCCAGUAUGGCUUAAUGGUUCACAUCCAACAGUUUCCAAGAGUAUUGUGAAUAGAACGGCUUGUAUGUCUGGUCUUUCAUCUUAUUGUGACAAAAAAAUCAACAUUCAAAUUAAGAAAUGUGCCGAUGGCGAUUUUGUCUAUAAUCUACAAAGACUACCAACUUGUUUUACUGGAUACUGCUUCGGAAACAAUACACCUUGUGCUAAACCAAAUCCAUGCGAACCUGGAAAUAGUGUUUUGAUGCAAGUGAACGGAGAUCGGUCUCUCUCAUGUUCCGGCAAAACACUUCUUCAUUGUGACAACACUUUAAAAGAAACUUGGUAUAAAGUCACAUCUCAAGGACAACCGUUAAAAAUGCCUACAUUCUGUGUCAGGCAAAACCAUUGUGGGACACAGUUUCCUAUUUGGAUGAAUGGAUCGGAACCAAGUAUAAUUGAAAAGGUAGUCACCAGGAAAGCUUGUGUGACUAAUGGAAACGUCUGCAAUUGUGAAAAAAGCUAUGAAAUAAGUGUGAGGAACUGCACAAAUUUCCUUGCAUACAAAUUAAAAUCUACGUCUGUUUGUCCAGAGAGAUAUUGCUUUGGCACACAAGGAAAAUGUUUUAAGGACAAGAAAGAGGCUUCAGUUAGCGAGUUUGAGGAUGAAGAUGAUAAACAAUUACAGAUACGAUCCGAAGUUCAAGAAGGAUUUAUCCACUUGAUUUGUUUUCCCCCUCUAGUGUUAAAAGCGGGAUAUAAAUGUGGAGGUAACCAAAAGUAA